GACAAAUUUAUGGUGUUACAAUGUGCUUGUUCGAAUCGUUUUUCGAGCCGAAAAUAUGCGAAUCCGUGUUUCUGGAUCCCGUGGAUCGGGCGGCUUUAACCAGAGCUCAAAAUCCAACCAGCCGUCCGAUAGAAAUCGAAAUCAAAUUUCCCAAGAGGCUGAAGAAAUUAACGGGGCAAACGUCGUCUCUGUCCCAACCGAAGAGAGUUUUCGUGAUCAUGGAACCGUCGGAGACAGCCAGAAAUGUCUCUAAUGCUCAACCAUUACCGUCGUCUUCGAUCAGCUUGAGAAUACCGAAGAAUCGAGGUUCGUUCGACCAGGAGCCCAAUAAAAUAUGCACCGGUAUCGACGUAAACAACCAAAUUGACUCAGACAAUAAUAAGAAAUUCAAAAACGGAUCCAACGGAGCGGAAGAGUCUGCGAAAAACACUUCGUACUCGGAAUUUUCGGAUGAAAGUCUGUCCAAAUCGUCGAGAAUUUUUCGACAAAAUAAACAGAAGGCUUCAUGAACUUGUGUUACUUUAUCAUUAAAUGUGGUGGUUAUAGUGGGUUCUCCAAUAUAAUCUAAAUUAGUGAAGUUCUUAUAAGAGCCACUGUGAUGGCUAUUCCUUUAAUUAUAUCCUUAGAAAAUUCUUGAAUUAAAUAACUUAUGUUUUGGGUUGUCCCAGUGGCUAUAUCCGAUCCCCCUUAAUGUGACCGAACGAAAUCUUUUAAUACAGUAAACUUGGAAUACCAUAAAUUUAUUAAACGACUGCUUGUU